AUGGCCGACGACGCUACCAAGGCAAAGCUCCGCGCCACUUUUGACAAGCUCACCCCUCAAGACUUCGCUGCCGUUGCUGGCAACCGAGAAGCCCUCAUCAAGAAGGUUGCUGAGGUCUACGGCAUCUCCGAGGCCGAGGCCAAGACGAAGGUCGACGAGGCUUUCGCUUAA